AGUAGAGAUCUGGGUCCUGACCGUGAACGUGAGUGUUUAAGUAACUCUGCUGCCUUUUGCUUCAAACAAACUCAUCCUGGACAUUAAGUGUGAAUCUGAAGCAGUGGUGUCUAUGUCCAGGUGAAAAAAAAAAAAACCUCUACGAUGCUGAAAAACUUUCUCCUUGAAACACUAAGGAGAUGCGUUUGAUCUUUUCCGACUAGUCCAAAUACUAAAGAAGAAGAAGAAGAAGAAGCGCACUUUUUGAACUCGAAGAUGGAGGAAGGCUAUGAACUUGACCUGACGUAUGUGACGGAGCGCAUCAUCGCCGUGUCCUUCCCACAGGCCUGCUCUGAGGAGACCUAUCUGCACAAUCUGAAGGAUGUCACGCGCAUGCUCAAGUCGAAACACGCUGAUAACUAUUUGGUGAUCAAUCUGUCAGAGAAGAAACAUGACCUGACCAAGAUGAACCCUAAGACUUUAGACACGGGCUGGCCGGACCUUCAUGCUCCUCCUCUGGAUAAGAUCUGCACCAUUUGUAAGGCCAUGGAGAACUGGCUGAACAAUGACCCGCUGCAUGUCGUGGUCAUCCACUGCAGGGGAGGUAAAGGCAGGAUUGGAGUGAUCAUCUCUUCCUUCGUUCACUUCACAGACAUCUCCGCCAGCGCGGAUCAGGCACUGGAUCGCUUUGCCAUGAGGAAGUUCUACGACGAUAAAGUCUCUGCUCUGAUGACGCCCUCACAGAAAAGAUAUGUCUGGAUCCUGAACAGUCUGCUCAGCGGCUCCAUGAAGAUGAACGCCUCGCCUCUCUUCCUGCACUGUAUAAUCCUACACGGGAUUCCCAACUUCGACAACUCCGGGGUGUGUCGUCCGUUCAUAAAGGUGUAUCAGGGGAUGCAGGCCGUCUACGCCUCCGGAGUGUAUCACAUCGGACCAGGCCACAGACACAAGGUGUGCAUAGCCCUGGAGCCGGCGCAGCUACUGAAAGGAGACAUCAUGGUGAAGUGUUUCCAUAAAAGCAGUCCGUCUCAGAGAGAGCUGGUCUUCAGGCUGCAGUUCCACACCGGAGCCGUGCAGGGAUACAAUCUGAUGUUCGAGAAAGACGACAUGGAGCAAGCCAACAAAGAUCACAGAUUUCCGGAUUAUGGCAAAGUGGAGCUGGUGUUCUCUGAAGGCCCUGAGAGGAGCCAAGGAGCUGAUCUCUGGCAGAAUGGUGCCGACGUGUCGGUGGACUACAGCUCUACUGACUCGCUUACCAGAUGGGACUCGUACCAGGACGUGUGCAAUGGAGAAGCUCCUCCCUUGCAGCCCCCGAUCUCAACCCUGGACAAAUUCUCACCUAAACAAAGUCAGGGCAACACAGUCAUCCUUAGCAGAUCCAACCGCACCACAUCCGUCACCUCCAGCCCCGAGCACAGUGACCACGCCCUUUCAGCCAGCAGUGACUCCGGUCUCUCGAGUGCUUCCCUUUGGACUGAGCGCUGCCCUGUGUCUGGUGGUAAGUCUGCUGGUCCCAGUGAGCAGGAGAAGGCAGACCUGAAUCGCCUGCUGAGUGGAUUUGGGAUCGAUGAGCCUCAGACAGAUGAUGGAAUGGACCUGACCUCAGCCUCUCAGGGAGUCCUCCAUCACCCAGCGCAGGUCCAUAUCAAUGGCAACUCCCAGCCAAAAGAGCGAGAAACAGACAUCCUGGAUGAUGAGGUCCUGAUGUCAGGCCACGACCUGCGCAGUGUGGACAGUCUGGGGACUCUUUCAUCAUCAUAUCACAAGAGCAGCCAAAACUCUUUGCUCUCUGAUGGCUUCUGCAGCCCUGGAGUGAUUGAGGAUGUCCCACAUCAUGGCCCAGCAGCCAUGGAAGAAUAUGAGCGAGCAUAUGCUGAGACUCGGAGAAACUGCCUUGCCAAGAGAAAUGUCUCUGUUCCUGUCACCACCACUUCCAGCACAACUUCCAGGGGGCAGCAGUUCCGGCAGGGCAACUACUCCACUCAGACCUGGGUCCGCCAGCAGCAAAUGGUGGCGGCCCCGCACUAUUCCUACCUGCCUGAGGAAAGUGGAGUGGAGGAGAACUUCCAUGGGGACAAGCAAGAGAUUUCAUCCAAAGUGAUCAUUAGUGAUCAAAACCACACCUCUCUGGACCCAAAGAUAUCCCCAAGCCAGGACAGCAAGAAAACUCAUGAUGAGGAGUUUAACUCCCUUACAGUGGACAUUGACAACUCCAUCGACCAGCUUAACCAGUUGAUCCUGGACUUGGAUCCUACAUUUGUGCCCAUCCCAACACGGACCAGUUUGGUUAAAAGAAACGGAGGGUCCACGGCUAUGACUACUACAUGUAAAAACAAGGGUUUGACGCUCAGACUCAAUGAAAACAACAGGAAUCAGCAGACAGCUGCCCCGCCUGCCGGAGAGAGUCUGCGCACUCUGAGUCGUCAGGGCAGUGAAGUGGCCGAACACUCGACAGUGUGUGCACGACCGGUGUGGGAAAUGGACGACAGACUGACAUACACUCACAGUGUAGCUCCACCACAGCGAGCUCCUCUGUACAGAGCAGACAGUGUGGAGUACCGAGGUCCUGGAAGUGCUGGACUAGAUACAGGAAGUGACAUGGUUCCUCCAACGCCAGCCUUCCCCAUAUCACCACCCACACCUUAUGUGAAGACCAUGUCAGAGUUUACACACUUCGCCCAGACGCCAUCUCCCAGCACACCAACGUUCAGAGCCUUUAGGACAGAGCACAAUAUGAGAGCUUUUGCAGAUAUUCUGGGACACGAUGAGAGCAGAGGGAACAUGUCUCAGAGAGUCUUCAGCCACUCCCCACCCACUGGAGGAGUAAUAACCCUGACAGACAGCUCGAUUCCGUCCUCCUGCCCAGAGGGGGCGAUGCUUAGUCGCCACACCUCCAUCAACACCCAACACUCCGACUGCAUGGGUUACAACCAGAACUCACCUCCUUCCCACAAUCCUCAGCCACACCCUCACCCUGCCCCCAGUGCCCACAGCUCACCCUGGGGCAGCCAGAGGACCCGAGUGGGGAACUGCAGCCCAGCGCUCAACUUUGACGAGGAGCCUGACGGUCUGAGUUACGAGUCCCAGCAGCCCCCGCUUCCUGAAAAGAUGCGCACCUUGGAUUGCGAGCGUGCUUUAGGUUCUGUGUCUCCGGCACCUAGUGGGUUCUCCAGUCCACACAGCGGGAGCUCACUCUCUAUCCCUUUCCCUAACUCACUUCCUGAGCUCCAGGCCAGGACAAGCAGUGUCAGCCCUCUACCAGAUGUCCUCAUGAGCAAGCAGGUGACGGUAAAGUUCGUCCAGGACACUUCGAAAUACUGGUACAAACCGGACAUCGCAAGGGAACAGGCCAUUACCGUGCUGAAAGACAAAGAGCCCGGCUCCUUCAUCGUACGUGACAGCCACUCAUUUAAAGGCGCCUACGGAUUGGCUAUGAAGGUAGCCACACCCCCUCCCUCCGUGGUGCAGCAGAGUAAGAAAGGUGGAGAUCUGUCCAGUGAGCUUGUCCGUCAUUUCUUAAUUGAGUGCACACCUAAAGGAGUUCGACUGAAGGGCUGUCCCAAUGAGCCUUACUUUGGGAGUCUGACUGCACUGGUUUGUCAGCACUCUAUCACGCCGCUGGCUCUGCCGUGUAAACUCAUCAUUCCAGACAGAGAUCCACUAGAGGACACUGUUGAAGCAGUACCACAGUCCAUCGCCAACUCUGCAGCUGAGCUUCUGAAACAGGGAGCAGCGUGUAACGUGUGGUUCCUGGGCUCUGUAGAGAUGGAGUCUCUGACAGGUUACCAUGCUGUCCAGAAAGCCACAACGGACCUGCUGAGCUCUUAUCCUGCACCCUCCUCCACCGUAGUGCACUUCAAAGUGUCCUCGCAGGGCAUCACACUCACCGAUAACCAGAGGAAGCUGUUCUUCAGGAGACACUAUGCUGUCAACACUGUUAUAUUCUGCGCUUUGGACCCUCAGGACAGGAAAUGGAGACGGGAUGGAUACCCAUCAGCGAAGAUUUUCGGGUUCGUAGCCCGGAAGACGGGUAGCGGCAUGGACAACGUGUGCCACCUGUUUGCUGAACACGACCCCGAGCAGCCCGCCAGCGCCAUCGUCAACUUCGUCUCCAAGGUCAUGAUCGGCUCACAGAAGAACGCCUGAUUCAUCCCCGUUCGCCCCGAUUCUCCCUUCCCUAACGGACCUGAUGUCCCUCGUGUGUCACAUGAACACAAACUCUAGAGCUAUGGUCAAUGAGGAAGGACUUGUAUCAGAGAGAUAAAGAGAGAGAACGAGUGUAGGUUGGGACUGUGCUGCUACUCAGCUUUAACAUGAGUGUAUGUUAAGAGUCGUGUAUAUUGUAUAUCUAUGGAACGGUAUCUAACCAAACUGUAUUUAUUGUAUUUGUCUUUGCAGAAUAUUCAAGUUUUCAGAAUAUAAAGUUCAGAUUGCUUUUGUCUUAAGUACAAGGAAUCAUUGUUGUUGUUGUUGUUGUUGUUGAUGAUAUUAAUUGUUCUUUUAUUGGAGAUUUACUACUGACCAUCUAUUGAUGAACAGAGUAGACUAGUAUACACUCAUAGCUGGGCCAGUUUAUAGGACUAGUUACUGUAGCUUUAUUUUUUUAUAAAGAUUUAUGUGUUUAUGUCAAAAAGGGCUAUAUGGACUAAGUAUUUUUAACAAGACCAAAAAUCUUUUUUUCCCUUCUUUUUUGUUUUUAAAUGCAGCCGGUAGCGAAGGGGUCUGAGUUCAUUUUUCCAAAAUGUGCCUAGUAGAUGAGAGUUUCAUUCACAAAUGUCGUUCUUUCUUUCUUUCUUUCUUUCUUUCUUUCUUUCUUUCUUUCUUUCUUUCUUUUUGAAAUGUGACUCUAGCUAAGUUUGUGAGCUCAGAGUUUUGAUUGCAGAGGGGUUUUUUAAUGCAGCGGGUAGCUAAAGAUUUUUAAUUGCAUUUCUUUCUUUCUUUCUUUCUUUCUUUCUUUCUUUCUUUCUUUCUUUCUUUCUAAUGCAGCUGGUAGCAAAGGGUUCUGAGCUUAUUUUUCCAAAAUGUGCCUAUAGUAGAUGAGAGUUUCUUUCUUUCUUUCUUUCUUUCUUUCUUUCUUUCUUAAAUGUGACUCAAGCUACAUUUGUGAGCUAAGAGUUUUGAUUGUGUGUGUUUUUUUUUUUUUUAGUGGCCAGUUGCUGAGGAUUUAGACUACAAAUUUCUGUUUUUUUUUUUUUUUUAUUUAAUGCAGCUGGUAGCUAAAGAUUUUAAUUGCAUUUCUUUCUUUCUUUCUUUCUUUCUUUCUUUCUUUCUUUCUUUCUUUCUAAUGCAGCUGGUAGUAAAGGGUUCUGAGCUUAUUUUUCCAAAAUGUGCCUAGUAGAUGAGAGUUUCAUUCACAAAUUUCUUUCUUUCUUUCUUUCUUUCUUUCUUUCUUUCUUUCUUUCUUUCUUUCUUUCUUUCUUUCUUUCUUUUUGAAAUGUGACUCUAGCUAAGUUUGUGAGCUCAGAGUUUUGAUUGCAGAGGGUUUUUUUUUUUAAUGUAGCUGGUAGCUAAAGAUUUUAAUUGCAAUUCUUUCUUUCUUUCUUUCUUUCUUUCUUUCUUUCUUUCUUUCUUUCUUUCUUUCCUUCUUUUUAAUGCAGCCAGUAGCAAAGGGGUCUGAGCUUAUUUUUCCAAAAUGUGCCUGGUACGAGAUGAGGGUUUCAUUCACAAAUUUCUUUCUUUCUUUCUUUCUUUCUUUCUUUCUUUCUUAAAUGUGACUGUAAGUUUGUGAGUUAAGAGUUUUGAUUUCUGUUUUUUUCCCCUUUUUUUUUUAAAGUGGCCAGUUGCUGAGGAUUUUGACCGCAAAUUUCUAUUCUUUUUUCUUGCAGCUGGUAGCUAAAUAUGUUGACCGUGAAUCUUUCUUUCUUUCUUUUUUAUUUUGUCGUUGUUGUUGUUGCUGGUAAUUAAGGGUAUUGAUCACGAAUGUCACAUUUCUAGCUGACUGUUUUAGUCACAAAUUUCGAUAUUUUCUAACACAAAUGGUAUCUGAUACAACUGCUAGCUAAGGGUAGUUUUGAUCACAAAUUCCAUAUUCUGUAAUUUCAUAAUAUUUUUUGUGUUUUUUAUGUUUGUUUGUGGGGCGGCACGGUGGUGUAGUGGUUAGCGCUGUCGCCUCACAGCAAGAAGGUCCUGGGUUCGAGCCCCGGGGCCGGCGAGGGCCUUUCUGUGUGGAGUUUGCAUGUUCUCUCCGUGUCCGCGUGGGUUUCCUCCGGGUGCUCCGGUUUCCCCCACAGUCCAAAGACAUGCAGGUUAGGUUAACUGGUGACUCUAAAUUGACCGUAGGUGUGAAUGUGAGUGUGAAUGGAUGUCUGUGUCUAUGUGUUAGCCCUGUGAUGACCUGGCGACUUGUCCAGGGUGUACCCCGCCUUUCGCCCGUAGUCAGCUGGGAUAGGCUCCAGCUUGCUUGCGACCCUGUAGAAGGAUAAAGCGGCUAGAGAUAAUGAGAUGAGAUGAGAUGUUUGUUUGUUUUGUUUUUUUUUGGGGGGGGGGGGUGGACCCCAAUAUUGUGCAUCUCAGAUGACGAAUGUUUUAAAGCUCAUUUCACUCAAACUUAUUUCUGCCUAUGCAAGAUAUCUACAAGGGCUGAAUGUUAGUUCAUAAACUUGAGGUGUUUUUAAAGAUAAAAUUCCUAUUUUUUAAGAAAGUGUUUAGGCUACUUGGCCAAAAACAGGACCAAUAAUUGUAGUGAAAGCUAUUUUCAUGUUUAUUUGAAAGCAUAGGCUAAAAAGAAAGAAAACCUGUAUUUUUCUAUGUAAACUUUAAUAUAUUCACUAUCCAAUGGCUUUAUGUUACAUUGAACAGACCAGUUGUUGUACUAAUAUGCCUUUGUUAUUGCUGUUAAACACUUUAACACUCUGCUGGUGUGAUAGGAGUGACUGUUGUGAUCAUAAGCGACGUGCUGAUAGAGGACUAUACAUAUCUGAGCAGUCUGUACUCUGAUUGUAGUAUUACAGUGUUGCAUAUCUGUUCUUAUGUAAAUGCUCAUGCUAGGAUGCUGAAACAGAUCAAAAACAAUCAAUUAUUCUUCAUUGCUGCUUCGUUACAGUGAAGUGAUCGUUGUGAUGUGAUGGGAUUGACUAACUGAAUAAACACUACGGGCUCAUCACUGGGCUUCAAAUCAGUGCAUCUCUGAAUAAAACUGCACAUACUGUA